CUCCCCUCCACCACGUUCUGCUGCCUCACAUUCACGAUAUCGCUCUGUCUGUAGACUUAGACAUCCAAUCUAGCAUUAUACUCAUCGACCACGCUCAUCGUGACAUAUCAUGGACACUGACGCAUCAGGCUCAGGAGGGUGGCGGUUCGCACAAUGUUUCGGUGACAAAGGCGAGGUCGAGGAUAUCACGGAGGCGGAUAUCAUAUCAACGGUGGAAUUCGACUCGACAGGAAACUACCUCGCUACUGGUGACAAGGGUGGUCGCGUGGUCUUGUUCGAGCGUAAUGAAAUGAAAAAAGGCUGUGAAUACAAGUUCUACACCGAGUUCCAAUCGCACGAGCCAGAAUUCGAUUACCUCAAGUCUCUUGAAAUCGAGGAGAAGAUCAACAAGAUCAAGUGGUGUAAACGACAGAACGCUGCACACUUCUUACUCUCCACCAAUGACAAGACCAUCAAGCUCUGGAAGGUGUUCGAGAGAUCGCUCCGCGUCGUAUCAGAGUCAAACCUCCUGGACGGCCAGCGGCCUAUUGCGCCGCCAACGCACUCCACACAGCUCAAGUUGCCUCGCAUGCAACAGCAAGACAACAUUGUGGCCGCGGUCCCCCGUAAGGUGUAUUCAAACGCGCACGCGUACCACAUCCACUCCAUCUCUGUCAACUCGGACCAGGAGACGUAUAUCUCGGCCGAUGACCUGCGGGUUAACCUUUGGAACCUGAAUAUAUCAGACCAGUCUUUCAAUAUUGUGGACAUCAAGCCCGCGAACAUGGAAGAGCUUACAGAGGUCAUCACUGCAGCCCAGUUCCACCCAACGCAGUGCAAUGUGUUUAUGUAUUCGAGCUCAAAGAGCAACAUCAAGCUUGCGGAUAUGCGCGACUCGGCGCUCUGCGAUCGACAUGCAAAGAUGUUUGAGGAGGAAGAGGACCCUUCAAACCGAUCCUUCUUCUCCGAAAUCAUUUCGUCGAUCUCUGACGUCGAGUUUAGUCACGAUGGGCGUUACAUCCUUUCGCGCGACUACCUGUCCCUGAAAAUCUGGGACAUUAACAUGGAGUCGAAACCCGUCAAGACCAUCCCCAUACAUGACCAUUUGCGAGGCAAGCUCUGCGACCUGUAUGAGAACGAUUGCAUAUUCGACAAGUUCGAGUGUAUAUGGGGUGGUGACGACAAACACAUUUUGACUGGAUCAUAUCACAACUAUUUCCGGAUAUACGAUGUUGACACCCUCAAUGACGUCGUGCUCCAGGCGGACAAAUCGGCGUUCAAGGCGAAGAAGAUGGGUGGGCCUAUGCCCGGCAACAAAAUGGGCAUGAAGAAUGGCAGGCCGGGUAGCUUGAGGGAAACCAUGGCGCUGGAUACGUUGGAUUUCAAUAAGAAGAUCCUGCAUGCCAGUUGGCAUCCACGGGAGAACACAAUUGCGAUUGCCGCUACGAACAACCUGUUCCUGUACAGCGCGGCAUGAGUCUCUCGUCGUGCUUCGUUAGAUCGCUGUCGGCCCUCCCCUUCACACCCGCGUACCUUUAACCUCAUUCUUUAUUACCGACCACGACCGCUUGCGGUGUAGCGGCAUACGACCCGAAUGAGAGAUUCAGCUGGCAAGGUUGACAAGACGUUUAACGACCGACUCACGAACGGCUUCGAGGACCCUCACUAACGAUGUACCCACUUUCGCCACCACUCCCCCACGCUCCUUCGUCCUCCUUUGUCUAUUGAACCCUCAACUGGCCACUUUCCUUGCUACUCUUUGUCCUCCUCGCGCCCUUCCCGUUCCGCGCUGGUUCUCGGCCCUGUCGUCGUUGUCGCUUGUCGUCAUCAUUCUAGUCUAGCACACGCUGAUAUCGUCCCACUUCGUAUCCUAUUCUCUCCGUACAAUACUUCCUCCAUUUCGCAUUCCUCACGAGAGACAAUCCCAACCAAUCG